CGUAUUGAAAAGGCGCAGGCGGCAGCUCGGGGCUGUACUCGGGGCCGGCGGCUGCAGCUCGUUGGCACCUUCCCCCUCCCUUAAUUGCUCCUCAGCCAACUCCAUGUGAGCCCGGCCGGGUACAAAUAGCCCCGCGCCGCGUUUCCCCCCACACCGCGCACCUCGCCCACGCCGCACCCCCGUUCAGUUGGGCGGUGGCCAGCCCGCCCCGCACCCUCCCGGGCAGCACCAAGGCACCCAGCCUGGGCACCGUCUCCGCACCUAGCUGCACCCCGGAGCCUUUUGUUUGUUGGUCACCCACAGGCACCAUUUCCAAGCCUAGCCCAGAACCGCAGCUCCCCCGAGAGCCUCCUGCCCCCAAGAGAGCCAAGCCCGGGGGAAGCCCUGCGAUCCCUGGACAAAGAAGCUACAAAGAACCCAGGACCGUCCACUCAGCCCCCUGCACCCCCGCCAUGAGCAACCUCAACAAGGAGAGCGAGCACAGUAACAGCAGCAACAACAUCGAGGAGGAGGUACGGACGCUCUUUGUCAGUGGCCUUCCUGUGGACAUCAAACCCAGAGAGCUCUACCUGCUUUUCCGACCGUUCAAGGGGUAUGAAGGGUCACUGAUCAAACUAACAUCAAAACAGCCAGUAGGUUUCGUUACCUUCGAUAGCCGAUCUGGUGCUGAAGCAGCAAAGAAUGCCUUAAACGGUAUCCGCUUCGACCCAGAGAACCCCCAGACCUUGCGGUUGGAGUUUGCCAAAGCCAACACCAAGAUGGCAAAAAGCAAGCUGAUGGCUACACCAAACCCCACCAACAUCCACCCUGCCCUGGGCGCACACUUCAUCGCACGGGACCCCUAUGACCUGGCUGGAGCAGCUCUUAUUCCAGCAUCUCCAGAGGCGUGGGCUCCCUACCCACUGUACACCACAGAGCUAACCCCUGCCAUCCCCCAUGCCGCGUUCACAUACCCAGCCGCUGCUGCCGCUGCUGCUGCCCUUCACGCUCAGAUGCGCUGGUAUCCUCCCUCCGAAGCUACCCAGCAAGGAUGGAAGUCUCGUCAGUUUUGUUAGUUCUUCAAGUCUCUUGGCUUGUUCCCUUCUUUGUCUCUCCAUGGAGCGAUGUGCCAGGGAUGAAGCAAUGGAUCCAUCAAAAUCCGUUUGGUUUGUGGACACUCCGCAGUAAUGUCACAUUUCUCCUGGUACAGCGUUGUGGGCUUCCCCAUUAGACUGUGCAUCUAUCCAUACCCAGCUCAGUGGACUGCCUGUCCUCCCCUCC